AGCAUCGGUUUAAUGCAUUUAACGGAAAACCUUUUUUCCAAUAAUUAUGAAACUUAUAAAUAUUCCAUUUUUUGUGUGAACCAUUGAUUACAAAUGGUUUUAAUCUACUUCCAGUGUGUCAAAAAAGGGUCGUAUAUAUACAAAUAAAAGCACAAAACAAAUAUAAUCCUUUUAAAAGCGUUCGAUCAACGAAGUUUUGAUACGAUUGUUACAGCAAGCUAUCAAAUCAAAAAAACACCAUACAACGCUUACUUAAGCAAUACAAUUAAAGCACGUCAAAACAAAAAUAGAUACACAUAAUGUAUAUAAUAUCGUCAUCACAUAUUCGGUAUCACACCGUCAACAACAGCGCAUUGAGCGAACUUAUUCGCUCUGUGAUAAAAUAGACUCUCACAGCACACUCUUGCCUUCUCACGCACGGUAUCCAUAUCUAAAGGCGAAAGUGUCAUCUUCGCUCCCUAACCAAAACCCAAAAAAACAUCAACUUUGUCGAGUAUGGGGCGCCUCCAUCGCACAUUACACCAAACACAAAGAGAACAACGGUUGCGCCUUUCUCUCUUAUAUUUCCUCUCAAUUUUCACAGCAAACCACAUGCACACUGCACUACAUUUACGAGUUACACUCGGUACCAUUUGCCACAGCACAAAAUUCAUUCAUUCGUGUACUAUCGGUAGUCGCGUUCGUGUCACUAUUAGGACGCUUCACGUCACGAGUAGUGCAUGUAGGUGGUAGGAAAGAAAGCAUCGCAAACUUACGAGCUCUUGGUUCGAGAGCGUUUUCAAUCGCGGUAUUUAGACGCCAGCAGUGCGCGGUCGACUACCCUAACUCAUCCUCAAUUGUGUCCCUCCAUUCGCCAAAGUGACAUCCCAAAGGUUGAUUUAAAAGUGUGCCUAGCAUGUGUUAAAGCGAGCCCAUUUCGUUCACUAACUUCAAGUGCUGACAAAGCACGUGUGAGUUGUCCCCUCCAUUGAACCAUCAGUGCUUGUGCUGGAACUCUCUAAAAUGACAGCAGAUUAGUAACACAAUUGCUGGUGAAAAACUGCGGCUCUCCCCACAAAUACAGAGUGCAAAAUAAAACGAGCCUACAUUUUACCACAUCGUUAGUUUUCUUUGAAACUCUUCUCAGUUCCGGCACUUUUACCACUCUGUAAUCAAACGUCGCAGUGUGUACGGUAUUCCGUACUUCCGCGCAGACGUUUCCGUGGCCUUUGAAAACCCACCACCGUGACUGCUUCGUUUUCAGAAUUUAUAAAAGAAGAAAUUUUGUGUGUUUGUGUGUGAUUGUUUUUUUGUUCUCGAAGUAUUUCGUUUCUCAGUACUGACGAAAAAAAAAGGAUCAAACAAGAAGUGGCUAAAUAAUUCGGGCGUGUGUUUGCAUUACAGCAAUGGUAUGAUUGUAUGUACGUCCCUAAUGAGAUGUUGCCUUUCUGUGUAGCUUUCCUUUGUUGCGAGUGUCAAGUGUAAACGAAGUACGCAAGGGUAACGAGCAGAAAGCACUUAUUCUGCACAGACACGAAAACAGCUGUCUGCAUACGUUUCUUGCCCCUUUUUGCUUGGAGUGUACUUUUCUUUAGUGUCGAACAAAGUGAGUAACUUUCAGCCAAGAUGUCCAGUGUGCAACUGUACAAGCUACCAGCCUUCGUUAUUACGUGGCAUCUGAUCGCGUUCGGCCAGUAUGGUUAUGCGAUUUAUUACGAUCGCUUUUUCGUCCACAUUCCGGAUGAUCUUGUCGUGCCGAAAAUGAUGCGACCGACGGAGUAUGGUGGAAGAUCCAAAUUCUUAACGUACUGGUGUUUGAUUCUACAAGCAGUUUACUUUACGAUUUGUCUCCUAAAUGAUUUCAUCGGCACCAACGAGGUGGCUCCGAAGCGUAUGCCACUAAUCCGGAAGCUGAAAGAUUACAUGCUGGCCGCGUUCGCUUUCCCGGUAGCACUCAAUGUUGGCGUUACGUUUUGGACGCUUAUGGCGAUCGAUCGUGAGCUCGUGUUCCCCAAGGCGCUAGAUGCAGUUUUCCCAGGCUGGCUGAACCAUGUUAUGCAUACCAAUAUCGUCAUUUUCAUGGUGAUAGAAAUUUGCACCAGCUUCCGGCAGUAUCCGACGCGUAAGGCUGGUUUUACCGGUCUGGGCAUAUUCAUGGCAUCGUACCUCGGGUGGUUACACGUGGUGCACCACUAUGGUGGCAUCUGGGUGUACCCGGUGUUGGAAGUACUGAACCUACCGCAACGUAUCCUCUUCUUUGCCGUUAGUCUCGGUUUUUGCGUAGGUUUGUACCUACUCGGAGAGUUCUUUAACAAUCUGAUUUGGACGAAGGAGCUCAAACAGCUUCGGGCGGCCACUGCCGGCGGUGCUAUGUCUCAACCUGCGGAAGACGAUGAGCUAUCCACAAAGCUCCAUGCGAUGAACAUUGUGUAAGCAGGAGAGUGACGAUUUUUUUUUAUUAUUACGGAGCAUCGCUUAGCGUCAAUAUAUAUAGCAAAUAAGCAAAAACAUAAGCAUAUAAAUUUACAUCUACUAUAAUUGUAUUUAAUUCGGAAAGCUCACAUUUGCGAUCCAAACAAACACAGACCAGUGCAACGGUGUCAGGUUUUUGGCUUAGGACAUAGGACAUCCAUUUGGUGGUAGCUACAUUUCAUUGGUAAAGUAAAAUCAUCUUUAUUAACGUAUUUUGCAGCUAUUUAUUGCUCGCGUUAUUGAUGUUUUAGUGUAAAGCAUAAUCGAAGGCACGCGGUGAUGUGUACACAUUUGAUCCUCGUGACGUACAUAUGUAGUAACGCAUUUAAUCCAAGAUUCACGUAUAUAUAUAUUGAUCGCGAGGGCUUAGUUAAGAAGCUCGAUAGCAAUUUUUUGACGAAUUUAGAUGUGAAUAAAUUUUCCACUCGUUUGUAUGUGUGUAUGUGUAACGCGACACCAAUAGGGAACAUGAACAAAAAAAAACUUACAACAUUUGGCAAUUAGU